AAAAAAAGUCGCAUUGAUAUCAUGGAUUGCUGUGGCAUCAUAUGCCAAGUUGCUGCCGCCCUCCAAGAUGCCAUGUUACUCCCACCCCACCGUCCCUCCGCUGCCUACCCUGCCGGCCUCAUCGAUCCAACCUCUCGCCAGACAAAUCACCUUGACUACCUUGCCUGUGAUGAUCUGUCAUUCCACACACUCUCACACGGACGACACACUGCGAGAUUAGCCGCCAC